GACGGGCGGGGGUGAGGGCGCGCGGGGCGGGCGGGGCGGCGGGGCGGCGGGGGGCGGCCGUGAGGGCCGAGCGGUGACACUGGGCGGCGGCAGGAGGGCGCACACACAGCACUCGGCGCCGCGAGCCGCCCGGGAGCGGACCAGCCUCCACGCCGCCGCCGCCGCCGCCGCCUUCGCCCUCAGCCCUCAGCCGUCCCCGCCGCCCCUGCGGAGGCUCGCCCGCAACUUCAGCCCGCGGCUCCUUUUGAAGUUUGCGGCGGCGCCCGCGGAGUUGGAGCGCUCGGCCCCGCCAACCUCCCGCGACUCCUGAGAGAGAGACAGACAGAGACUUCGCCUCUUCCCCUCGCCAAGAGCCGCCGCACCUCGCGGGAAGGAUGAUGCCCCUCCAUUGGUUUCUGCUGUGGAUGCUGUUACCCUUGAGCUCAAGGGCCCAGAAGUUACCCACUCGAGAUGAGGAACUUUUUCAAAUGCAGAUGCGGGACAAGGCAUUUUUUCAUGAUUCGUCCGUAAUUCCAGAUGGAGCCGAAAUUAGCAGCUAUCUCUUUAGAGAUACGCCUAAAAGAUAUUUCUUUGUGGUAGAGGAAGACAACACCCCAUUCUCUGUCACGGUAACCCCAUGUGAUGCACCUCUAGAGUGGAAGCUGACUCUCCAGGAGCUGCCUGAGGAAUCCAGUGGGGAUGGCUCAGGUGACCCAGAGCCUUUGGAACAGCAGAAGCAGCAGAUCAUCAGUGAAGAAGGUACAGAGCUAUUCUCCUACAAGGGCAAUGAUGUGGAAUAUUUCAUCUCUUCCAGCUCCCCAUCUGGUUUAUACCAGUUGGAGCUUCUCUCAACAGAGAAAGACACACAUUUCAAAAUCUACGCCACCACCACUCCUGAGUCAGACCAGCCCUAUCCUGAACUGCCUUAUGACCCUAGAGUAGAUGUCAUCUCUCUGGGACGCACCACAGUCACUUUGGCUUGGAAACCAAGUCCCAUGGCCUCUUUGCUGAAACAGCCCAUUCAGUACUGCCUGGUCAUCAACAAGGAGCACAAUUUCAAGAGUCUGUGUGCCGUGGAAGCAAAGCUGAGUGCCGACGAUGCUUUUAUGCUGGCUCCCAAGCCUGGUCUGGACUUUAGCCCCUUCGACUUUGCCCACUUUGGAUUUCCCUCAGAUAAUCUGGGGAAAGAGCGUAGCUUCCUAGCAAAGCCUCCUCCUAAAUUUGGGCGGCAUGUCUACUCAAGGCCCAGGGUAGACAUUCAGAAAAUCUGCAUCGGGAACAAGAACAUCUUUACCGUCUCGGAACUGAAGCCGGACACACAGUACUACUUCGAUGUCUUUGUGGUCAACAUCAAUAGCAAUAUGAGCACUGCCUAUGUGGGCACCUUUGCCAGGACCAAGGAAGAGGCAAAACAGAAGACAGUUGAGCUCAAAGAUGGGAAAGUCACAGAUGUCUUUGUGAAAAGGAAGGGGGUGAAGUUUCUCCACUUUGCCCCAGUUUCUUCUCAUCAGAAAGUCACCUUCUUUAUUCACUCUUGCCUGGACACGGUGCAAAUCCAAGUGAGAAGAGACGGGAAACUUCUCCUAUCUCAGAAUGUAGAAGGCAUUCGGCAGUUCCAGCUCCGAGGGAAACCUAAAGCAAAAUACCUCAUCCGCCUGAAAGGCAACAAAAAAGGAGCAUCCAUGUUGAAAAUUCUUACCACCACGAGGCCCAGUAAGCAGUCCUUCCCCUCACUCCCCGAAGACACAAGAAUCAAAACCUUUGACAAGCUCCGUACCUGUUCCUCAGUCACUGUGGCAUGGCUUGGCACUCAGGAAAGGAACAAGUUUUGCAUCUACAAAAAGGAAGUGGACAGCAAUUACAAUGAAGACCAGAAGAAAAGAGAACUAAACCAGUGCCUGGGACCUGAUACAAGAAAGAAAUCAGAAAAGGUCCUCUGUAAGUAUUUCCACAGUCAGAACCUACAGAAGGCUGUGACCACAGAGACCAUCAGAGGCCUCCAGCCUGGAAAAUCCUACCUGCUGGAUGUUUAUGUCAUAGGACAUGGAGGGCACUCUGUGAAGUACCAGAGUAAAGUGGUGAAAACCCGGAAGUUCUGUUAGUUUCCUGGCUUAGAGUUAUGGCUGCCACUGGACUUCAGGACGGACACUGGAUCCCUUUAAUUGUAAACUGACUGCUCCCACAUCUAAGACAAGUUGUUAGCUGGACUCAUACCCUGAAAAAGAAGGCCAUCAGCUUGUGUAUAUUGAUGUGUAAAUGAGUAAUUGUUGGAGGAGAUUUGUUCUCCUGUGCCUCAGUGAUACCUAAUUUGUGUCUGAUGCCUGUUGUUGUUAAUGGUAGAGGAUAUCUUGAAGGAACUGCUGUCCCUUGCUUUGACCACUGCAUGAACUGCUUCUAAAUUAUUUUAUUACCUAGAAAUUUAAAAUAUGCCAUUCAUUGCACAUACCCACAAAUACAAAUCAUUCUUCUCUAUAGAUGCUAGAAUAUAUAUAAAUAUAUAUAUAUAAAUUAUUUUAUAAAGUCUCAUUUUAAAUGUCAGUGUUUCUAUGAUUGUAAACUAUUCAUUUCUUCUGUUAAAGCACAGAUCCUAAUCAUAAGUAUAUGGAGUGGACAGCCCUCUAGUCAGUUAUAUUGCUAUUGUAAAUUUUUAUCUGUUGAGUAAUAUGUCUAAAUAUUGUAUGUAUCUCAUGUACAAAGUUGACAUACAUUAUAUUCAUGUACAUAAAAUUAAAGAUAAUAGAUUAUAUACUGAUCAUUUUCCCACACAGCUACGUUGGUUUAUUUAAUGUCUGUUCUGUGGGUCAAAACUGCACCUUUAUGUAAUGUGGCACUAGAAUCAUCCCCUUUCCCUCCCCAUCGUUUUACGGCAUGCUACAUCUUUCUAAAGACAAUUGUAUUAUGACAGUUGGUAUUCUGACAUUGAAUAGGAUCUAGCCCUUAUGGGUGUUAAGCAAACUCUGAUAAGCUUGUUUUAAAAGAAUCGACAAGCCACACGCCCUAUAGCUCAAUAAAUAUUCAACAAAGUGUUCUAAGCAAUAUUCUAUCUGUUUUAGAAGUAGGCAUCUAUUUUAAGUACACAAGUGAAUGUUUCCAAGCAUUUUCCAUCUGCUUAAAUUUCGGUGAAGUGAUUAUUUUAAACACAUAUGUCUGAAACAACAUAGCCACCAACAUGUAGGACUUUAGUUAGUAGUAAAAGAAAUACAGAAGCUGCUGUUUUGGAACUUUAGCUGUCUCCUCCUUUGAACUUAUUUUCACAAAUAUAAAAGGUAAUUUUGGCAUAUAGUAAAACUUAGGCAAAUAUUUAUACUAUGCCAUUUAUCAAAGACUACACAUUGUACAGUUCCAAUUAGUUUCACUUCCAGGGGAUCUGUACAUGAAGGGUCAUGAGAACAUUGUGCCAGCAUUCAGAAAAAUCUCUGGUUGACAGUCCCCUAUGCUCUGUGGCCUAUUAUCUCUCAUGUUCCUCUUUCUCAUUUAUAAAAUUAAGUGGGGGUGGAUUUGGAUAGGACAACAUCGUAAGAUACCUGAUAUUAGUCAGAAGGGAGUGUCUAGUGUAGACUUCUGACUCUCGGCUACAGAGUGCUUCUGUGACUACAAGCAGGUACAGGCAUAAUUCUCUAGCUAUACAGGUCAUUACCUCUCCCAUAAGGUGGCAUGCACAAAGAGCUUUGCCGGGGAGUAUAGAAUUCCCUGACUGAGACAAGGUAAUGGGUGGGGCUUGUAAAAGUUGCUCCUAUUCAAAAAUAUACCAACCAAUUCCUUGCUGUUAAUAUAUAAGUAUAAAUUUGAUCAGAUUAACACAAAACAGUGAAAUAUAUAAAUUUUUAAAAGUAUUUUUCACUACUUUUUUUUUUCUUUCUGGAGGGGGACAUACACACACACACACACACACACACACACAGUGCCAAUCAGUUCUGGCUUGUGGUGCUGGGGAUUGAACCUGGGACCUCAGAGCCUCAGACAUGAGAGUCUUUGCAUAGUCAUUAUGCCAUCUCCCUAACCCUGCACUGUGGUCUUAUGUAUGUACUAUCCCACUGUUCCCAGGAUGACUGUUUUUAUUCCUUUUAUUUCAGACUGAUAGAAGAGAGGAAGGGAGGGAUCCUAUAGCACCACUCCACCGUUCAUGGAGCUGCCUCCAGCAUUGUGGUGCUACCAUGUAGUGUCAGGGAUGGAACCCAGGGCCUCAUACAUGGUAAGGCACAUUCUCUAUCAGGUAAACACUAGUUCCUGGCCCUAAUUCUUAAUUUUUAAUAAUAAUAAUAAUAAUAAAUACCCAAUGGCUACAUAACCAAGUAGUUUAGAAGGCAAGUAUGAAAUUGAAAGCACCCUGGAAAUGGUAUAUCCUAAAUUAUAAGGCAGUGGUUUUAGAAGGAAAAUCUCCUUUGUCCAGUUACUCACAUGUAUCGCUAUAGAGAGACAUACUAAACAGGACCACGGUGAAUCAGAAUCACUGCAGCUUCUGAAGGUGAAGGAUUUAACUUCCAGAUGUUGCUAACUGUCUGGGAAAGAGACCAAGUCAACAUAGCCAAGCUUUUACUCUUCAGCUAGCAUCAAUGGUGGUUUCUGCAAAGUCUGGCUAGAUAGGAGAAUUCUUUUAUGGCCCCAGUGAAAUUUGCCAUUUGAAAACUAUAGGAAAAUUAAAACCCUAUACCACUUCCAUCACUCGUAAAAAAAAAGAGGAAAAACCUAUCAAAAGUAAAGCCCUAGUUUACUUAUGUAUUUAGAGUUUAGGAGCAUUCAGGUAUUCUGGGAAAAAGAAGAAAAAUUCACUCUUCUUCCACAAAAGUAUUAGAACAUAGUUAAUAUGGAAACACCAUCUUGCAUCCAUUAAGCUCCAAGAUAACCAUUUUGUUAGUAGGCCAUUAAGAAUCAAGGAUAGUGAGGACUUGUGACUUAGUUCAAGUUUGCUAUCUUUGCUUUUCUCAUUAGAAAAAAGAAAAAGAAAAAGGAAUUGAAAACUGAGAAGUAAGAUUUUAAGUUUUCAUAAACAAAACAUUUAAGUGUAGGACUACCUUGUCUUUCAAAAAUUCUUACAUAACAAAAUUACCAACUCUUAGAAGAAAAAAAAAAGUUAUUUGUGGACCAUUUUUCUAAAGAAAACUUCUACUUGUAAUUUCAAAGCAACUUAUUCUUAAGGUCCUUUUCAGAAUGUAUACAUAGUCUAAGUCUGGUAACUUCAUACUUAUAACGAAAAAAAAUAGUUAUUUUGCUAUUCUUAGAGGGAAAAUUAUCUAACCUUGUUUUGCAUGUACACACAGCUGAACUGAGGCUGUCAAAGCAUUAGUUAGUUACUUUCAUGAUAAUGCUUGUACAUGUUACAAUUUAAAAAUACUCAUAACACAUAAGGUGCUUUCAUAGGUUAAUUUGUAUUGGUUAAGUCUGGAUUAAUUUUUAAACAUACAUUCAAAUAAUGGAAAUAGAUAUUUCUUAGUCAAUACAUUGGAAAAUAUAAUUGUGUAUGCUAAGAACUCAAAAUAAGUUAUUUUAAUUAAAAAUUUUUCAUAGAUGAACUUUAGAUGUUGUAAUCAGUAUAGUGAUAUAAUGGUUCUUAAUUGUUUUUUUUUUUUAAUUUUUUUUUUUAAUAUUUUAUUUUUAUUUAUUUAUUCCCUUUUGUUGCCCUUGUUGUUUUAUUGUUGUAGUUGUUAUUGUUGUUGUCAUCGUUGUUGGAUAGGACAGAGAGAAAUGGAGAGAGGAGGGGAAGACAGGAGGAGAGAAAGAUAGACACCUGCAGACCUGCUUCACCGCCUGUGAAGCGACUCCCCUGCAGGUGGGCAGCCGGGGUUUGAACCAGGAUCCUUAUGCCGGUCCUUGUGCUUUGCGCCACCUGCGCUUAACCCGCUGCGCUACAGCCCGACUCCCCCUUAAUUGUUUUUGAUUAACAGUCAUCUUCCAUGAAAACACACACACACACACACACACACACACACACACACUUUUGCAUAUAAUUCCAGGGGAUUUAUGUAUGUAAAAAAUAAUCAGAAUCUUUUCCAAUAUUUUACCCUUUCCAAUACUUUCUACCCUCUUAAUGUUAAUCUAGCCAUACUGCUUAAUUAAAAAAAAUAUUUAUGUACACAAGAGAGAAAGAAGAGAGAGAUCCAGAAUAGCAUUCUAACAUAAGCAAUGCUGGGGAUUGAACUUGAGACCCCACGCCUUUCAGUCCAAAUCUCUAACUACAGGAAAAGGGAAGACAGUUAUGUUUUGUUUGUUUGUUUCUCAAUAUAGCCUUUCUAGAUAGAGACAUCACAAACAAUGAGUCAGAUAUAGAUGACUUCAAUUAAGGUUUUGUGCUCUGUCUUAUACUGGAAAAUUUGACCCUAGUCACCAUCCUGUCUAUUAAAGUUGAAGUCUACUGAUAGAUAUUCUAGUUUCCUGGGAAUGGUCGAUUCUGAAUCUGGAGAAAAAAACAACUCUCAUCUUUAUUUAUUUACAUUUGUCUUUCUCAGUCUUUGAGAAACAAACUUAGUCAUCAACGUUUAGAUGUGAGAUUACUUAGGAUGGCUUUUCUUAUCCACCCUCUCACUGAGAUUUCAAAGGGUCCUUGAAAGUACCAAAGAAACUGUUAUUAUCACAGAGAAAUAAUUGGCUUGAGGGUUCAAUAGUUUAAGGCUGGGUUACAAGAUAUCUUCUCAUUAUCUAGAUGCUAAAAGAAUGAAGGAGAAUAGAACUGAGAGAGAUGUUGAGUUCUAGGUAGAGAUCUGUUAAAAAAACUAAAAUGAAUGCAACUGCCCUCCCAUUUACUACCCAGGAGACUUUCAGGAAAGUAUAAAGUGUUCUUGAAACUUCCUUGAAAUGCAGAGUCCAGAGAUUUUUUUUUUUUUUUUAAGUCUGAAAUACUUCCUGCAGUCUCCAAGAUGUGGACAUAUCUUGUGAUUUCACAAUUUUAACUUAUGACUUAGCCAUGGGUUUAAAAUACUAUAGAAUUCCUGAAGUAUAAUUUCACACCAGCCAUAUCCACCACCAAAAUUUGAAUGUGUCACCCCACAAUCAAAAAAAGACUCCUCUACCUGUUCUUCCUACCCUCAAAGCUAGAGCAUCUCAAAGAAUUUUGUUGGCCUGAGUUUUGAAUUGACACAAAACUAAAAAGCAGAGAAGUCAGAGAAGAUUGGUUAUCAUUAUGGGUGGUGAGAACCAGAUGAAACAAUCUAGGAAAAGCUAACUGUCCUAUAACUAAGAGAUGUGAUGACUAUAUUAUUUUGUUUUGGAGCCCAAAAUUAUGACCAGAAACUGAUGAGUUUUGAAUAGCAGUUUCAAAAUCUUUCUUUUUUAUUUUAAUUAAUUAAUUUUUUAA